CACAAACAGUGAGAGAGAGAGAGAGAAACAGAAGAGAUCCCAGAGCUGCCGACUUGCCGAGCCGAUUACAAAAAGGGGCCUCCAUACUUCAUAGUGCGUAAUAGGUGCACGUACCGUCAAAGGAAAAGAUAUGUCCUCCUCGUCAUUUCGGUUUCUGGCACCGUCGGUGCCGUCCUCAUCUUCUAUGAGGAGGACUCGUCGAGGGGCGAGAGCACCGGCGGCAGCGACCCCGAGCCAGGCGGAAGCACCGUCGGUGGCGAAGGAGGUAGAUGGGUCGAGGCUGGAGCCGAGGGUGGAGGAGAGGGAGGGAUACUGGGUGCUCAAGGAAAAGUUCAGGCAAGGAAUCAACCCACAAGAGAAGGUGAAGCUGGAGAGAGAACCCAUGAAGCUGUUCAUGGAGGGAGGUAUCAACGAACUUGCCAAGACUCCUCUCCAAGAAAUUGAGAAAUCCAAGCUCACCAAGGACGAUAUUGACGUCCGCCUCAAGUGGCUUGGCCUCUUCCAUCGCAGGAAGCACCAAUAUGGUAGAUUUAUGAUGAGACUGAAGUUGCCGAAUGGAGUGACGACUAGCGAGCAGACACGUUGCCUGGCGAGCGUAAUAAGGAAGUACGGCAAGGAGGGGUGUGGCGAUGUGACGACCAGGCAAAACUGGCAGAUACGUGGAGUGGAACUCCCUGAUGUGCCGGAGAUAAUGGAGGACCUUGUCCGGGUUGGCUUGACCAGCCUCCAGAGUGGAAUGGACAACGUGCGUAACCCCGUCGGAAAUCCACUUGCUGGCAUUGACCCACAUGAAAUCGUCGACACCCGCCCCUACACUAAUCUUCUCUCCCACUUCAUCACCGGCAACUCCGGUGGUAAUCCUGCGGUCACUAACCUACCCAGGAAGUGGAAUGUCUGUGUCGUCGGAUCUCAUGAUCUUUUUGAGCAUCCCCACAUAAAUGAUCUCGCCUACAUGCCUGCCACCAAGGAUGGACGAUUUGGAUUCAAUUUGCUAGUGGGCGGGUUCUUUAGCCCCAAGAGAUGUGCAGAGGCGGUGCCACUGGAUGCCUGGGUCCCAGCCGAUGAUGUAGUCCCGGUGUGCAAAGCAGUGCUGGAGGCCUAUAGAGAUCUAGGUACCAGAGGAAACCGGCAGAAAACUAGAAUGAUGUGGUUAAUAGAUGAACUUGGCGUGGAAGGGUUCCGAGCAGAGGUGGUGAAGAGAAUGCCUGGACAGGAGCUGGAGAGAUCAUCUGAAGAAGACCUGGUACAAAAGCAGUGGGAGAGAAGAGACUAUCUUGGUGUUCAUCCACAGAAACAGGAGGGCUUUAGCUUUGUGGGUCUGCAUGUGCCGGUUGGUCGAGUCCAGGGCGAAGAAAUGGACGAGCUAGCUCGGCUGGCUGAUGAGUAUGGCUCAGGCGAGCUCCGUCUCACAGUAGAGCAAAAUGUUGUAAUCCCCAAUGUUGAAAAUUCAAAACUUGAGGCCUUGCUUAAGGAACCUCUGUUGAGGAAUAGGUUUUCACCAGAGCCCUCACUUCUCAUGAAAGGGUUGGUGGCCUGCACGGGCAACCAGUUCUGCGGGCAAGCAAUUAUCGAGACCAAAGCCAGGGCAUUGAAGGUGACAGAGGAGGUCGAGAGGCGAGUAGCCGUGACUCGGCCGGUGAGAAUGCACUGGACUGGGUGCCCAAACAGCUGCGGGCAGGUCCAAGUGGCCGACAUUGGGUUUAUGGGGUGUAUGACUAGGGAUGAGAACGGGAAGGCGUGUGAAGGGGUGGAUGUUUUCUUAGGUGGGAGGAUUGGGAGUGACUCCCAUUUGGGUGAUGUUUAUAAGAAGUCAGUCCCUUGUAAGGAUUUGGUGCCUUUGGUUGUAGACAUACUGAUAAAUCACUUUGGUGCAGUCCCUAGGGACAGAGAAGAAGAGGGGGAAGAUUAGUCCAGAUCAGAUACCAGCCAGAAAAUCAGCAAUCUUUCUCUCUACUUUCUUUCUCUUCGAGUGCUUGGGAUUUGGGAACUGGGAAGAAGAAUAAUUAAGGCAUUGAACUGGUCCCAUCUUUUGUUGUUAAAAUAAUUGCAGAAUGUAGAGGAGCCUCCCAACAAAUUAAACAGGCGUAAUGCAUGGGAGAUGAUUAUCACCAUUCUUCACAAGUGGGAUCCCUUGGUCUUGUGUUGGGUUAUCAUCAUUCUUUUCACAGUUGCACCUUGUAAUUGCAGGGUGGCGUUUGGCAUCUUGAAAAUUUUUACUUUGUUUCCUUUUUUCACUACAAAAUAUCUUAAUUUUAGGGAAUGCCAACAAAUUAACUCAUCAA